GGUCUUUUAAACCUUCACGGCUACGCUCCGUCAUCAACAAUCUCAAAUUCAUGAUCUAAUUCAAACCCUAAUUUCGACCCCUUUUUGAGUCCAUCCAAUCGAAAACCUUAAAAUUUCGAUCUAUAAAUCUGUUAAUUUUUGAUUUCGUAUUCAUUUCCAAUACACUAAAUUUCAUGAUUAUAUCCUUAAUAUAGCUGCAGAGUUUACUGUAUCUGUUGUUGACUUAGGGUUUGGAAAUGGCGUUGUUGGAGGACAUCUUACAAUCGUUGGAGCUGUGGUUGAAGCUCAUCAAGACGCCACAGCCCUACGUGGACCCUAAUCUUGACCCUGUCCUCUUGGUGCCUGGUAUCGCCGGGUCGAUAAUGAAAGCCGUUGAUGACAACGGUGGAGAAGAGCGGGUUUGGGUUCGGAUUCUCGCCGCCGAUUACAAGUUCCGAACUAAACUUUGGUCUCGCUUUGAUCCUUCGACCGGUACAACCGUGACUUUGGAUCCCAAAAUUAAUAUUAUGGUCCCUGAAGAUAGAUAUGGGCUGCAUGCCAUUGAUAUCUUGGAUCCUGAUAUGGUAAUAGGACGUGAUUCUGUAAAUUAUUUCCAUGAUAUGAUAGUUGAAAUGAUCAAGUGGGGUUACCAAGAGGGGAAAACGCUUUUUGGGUUUGGAUAUGAUUUCCGCCAAAGCAACAGGUUUCAAGAAACACUGGAGCGCCUUGCUGCAAAACUGGAGGCUGUGUAUACUGCUUCAGGAGGCAAAAAGAUAAACAUAAUUAGUCAUUCAAUGGGGGGACUCCUGGUGAAAUGUUUCAUGUGCUUGCACAGUGACAUAUUUGAGAAAUAUGUGAAGAACUGGAUAGCGAUUGCUGCACCAUUUAGGGGUGCGCCUGGAUAUGUUACAUCUACCUUUUUGAAUGGAAUGUCAUUUGUGGAAGGGUGGGAGCAGAAUUUUUUCAUAUCAAAAUGGAGCAUGCACCAGCUGCUGAUUGAAUGUCCCUCCAUAUACGAGUUGAUGGCUUGUCCUGAUUUCCAUUGGCAACAUGAUCCUCUUUUAGAAUUCUGGAGAGAGAAGCAUGAUAGUGAUGGAAAGUCCAAAAUUGAGCUGGAGUCUUAUUCCACAGCAGAAAGUAUAUCAAUUUUUACGGAAGCGCUUUCAAGUAACACGGUUAAUUAUGAUGGGGUGGAUAUUCCUUUACCAUUUAACUUGGAGAUAUUGAAAUGGUCUAAUGAGACACGAAAAAUCUUGUCUUGUGCUAAGGUUCCACCUCAAGUUAAAUUCUACAAUAUUUAUGGGACGAACCUUGAGACACCUCAUAGUGUCUGCUAUGGUAGCGUGGAGGCACCUGUCACAGAUAUACAACAGUUGCCAUUUUCCCAGGCUAAAUACAUUUGCGUUGAUGGUGAUGGAACAGUCCCUAUGGAAUCUGCAAAGGCCGAUGGGCUCAAUGCAGUAGCAAGGGUUGGAGUUCCUGGUGAGCAUCGGGGAAUCCUGUGCGACCGCCAUGUAUUUCGGAUACUCAAGCACUGGUUAAAGGCAGAUCACGAUCCUUACUACAAUCCUCUAAAUGACUAUGUGAUCCUACCCACUUCAUUUGAAAUCGAAAGACACCAAGAAAAGGGGCUGCAAGUAACAUCAGUUAAAGAAGAAUGGGAAAUCAUUUCAGAAGAUCACGACGACAAGACUAAUAGAAAGCCUUUGGUGAGCUCUAUAACAGUUUCUCAUGUGGGAGACGACAACCAAUCUUCACCGGAAGAGGCCCAUGCCACAGUUGUCGUUUACCCCCAAAAUGAGGGUAAGCAGCAUGUUGAACUGAGUGCUGUGAGUGUCUCUGCAGGUAGUGCUUAAAAGUUGCUGGUUUGAAUUGUUGUAUCAUGAAAUGUGAAAGAAAGGGGGCUUUGCCGUGUAUUAGCUUGUGUGGUUGGAAAUAUUUCUGUACAUAUACGAGCUACGCAUGACAUUUGCCCUAGUUUGAUGUGUAAUUAAUAUAUUUAUAAAUAUAGUUGUACAGAGCAUUAAUAAAUAGUAAUAAAGAAAGCAUUUGUUAAA